UUUUGCUGAUCUUGAAGUAGAAGAAGUAGAGGAGAAGGCGUGCUGGCGCAGUUUAUGAGUACCGCCACUGGACUCAAGAUAAACAAAAUUUUGAUGCCUGUUGUCGUACUGGUCACACGGGAAGAAGUGCAUUGCUGCAGGAGUCACAACCGAAAGUCCUACCAGGAACCAAACUCUACCAAGGAAACGAACCAUCAGGAAUGGCGGUGUUUCAUCUAAUCGAGAAGACAUUAACAGCGCUGAAGGACGCAAGACAAGCCGUGAGCACGAGUUUCAACGGAGUUUCUGUGACCUUCGUGAUUGGAAACCGUGUAUACCGGUAUACGAGUCGGACGGGCUAUCUGACAGGCAUCAAGUUAGCGCGUUGGCUGGUUGCCUGCACGUUCAGCCGUCUCCGCUGGAUCCUGUUUUUCCCAUUGACGCCCAUCUUCCUGCUUCUCGUACUGGUGCUGCUGAGUUUGGUGUUCCGACGGUGGUGCUUAGGCAAAGGUGGGCAUCCGGAGAACACCAGGAUUCCCAGUGUACCACCUCGCUGUCUCACUCGACCUACCAGUGUCGAGGAGGAAUCAUGUUUUACGCUGGCUAGACGCGCCCGCCGUCAUCUGCGUUGCACCAGGCACGACGCCCACCACUGCUUCACAAGGAUGCUUGCCGAGGAAAACCUCAGGACCGAGCCGGUUGCUUCGAGAGUGGGUCAGCGUCGGCUCCGCACCAAGGUCCAGCCGCGGGUCUUCGGACGGGUUGUUUACAGCACUAGCCCUCCACACCCACCGAGCGAACCAGACUUGAGCGACAGGGACGCCGGUGCCAUAUCCGCCAACAUCAUAGACCACGAUGGCAUGUCGACCGUCGGACUCCAGCAUCCCGGCGAUGCUUCCUUGGGGGAAACCUACUUGGACCAGCACCGACACCGGGGUACGGAGAUCCCAUGGCCGACACCGACGGCGUGACCCACAGCUCCGCCGAAAGUCGCGGAGACGCUAAGUUUUCCUUGUCACGCGUUCUUCCUUCCACAGACCAAAUUGAUGGGCGCUUACCGGAAGAGGCACCGUCGGUGCUAGAAGCGAUAUUGGCCUCUCAGCGAAGUCACCAGCAGUGACCGCGAGUGGCUGUUGGACUCGCGUUAAUACUUACACCUUAUAUGGCACGACAGAGCAAAACUAAAAUUGCAUAACCUUGACCAGGACCUGCGGUUGCGUUCUCGACAAAUAUAAGCGAGUACAAAGCACAAAA